CUCUUCUGUCAUGCGCAACGGUGGCACUGCCAUGUUGGAUCUCAAGCUCGGUGCACAGGAGUUCAGAUGAAAGUUUAGAGUCUCAAGACGACAUCGGAUAAGCAGACGAGGAUCGCCUUUUAUUUCCGAGACCCAGGAUCUCUCUUAACCCUCCUCGGCCGAGGCUCACGGGUCUGGAUAUGAGCGGAUUGGGAUACAAGCUGCGGUGAUCAGAGAUCAAUGAACGCAUAUUUUCUAUUUAACACUUCCUGAUCACAAGUUCGCACCAUCGGAUUGUCAAAAAUGAGCGGUCCACCUUCAAACAGGAGGCCUGCGCUCAAUGUUGGCUCUAUUCUUCUCACCCAUCAGGAAAACGAAGUGCUCUUCAACCAUUUGGGCAAGAAAUGCAGCAGUUUAUCUUCAGCAGUGGUUCAGGUCUACGCAGCCGACAGAAACUCUUCCUGGGUGAAGAAGUGCUGUGGCGUAGCCUGUCUGGUCAAAGACAACACUCAGAGAUCUUACUACAUCAGGGUGAUUGAUAUGAAAGAUGGAAAAACCUUAUUCGAACAAGAGAUGUACAACAACUUUUCAAUAAACUGCUCCAGGCCAUACUUUAUCACAUUUUCUGGAGACAAUUGCCAGAUUGGACUCAACUUCGCCAAUGAGGAAGAAGCAAAGCGCUUCAGGUCUGCAAUCGGUGAACUUGUGGGAAGAAAAUCCAGGAGAACCGGGCCAUCAGUACCUUCAGGACCGUCAGGACCAGCACUUCCAAUGGCAACGGUGGACAUCAAGAACCCAGAGAUCACUAAUCAGCGUUACCACAAUAACACUCAGAUGAACAACCUCCAAAGCAACUUCAACAGGGCAAAAGACAAAAGCAAAGGCAAGAACAACAACAAGAAGAAGAAAAUAUCCAAAGCUGAAAUCGGCACCCCGAGCAAUUUUCGGCAUGUGGGGCAUGUAGGCUGGGAUCCCAACACAGGGUUUGAUCUGAAUAACCUGGACCCAGACCUUAAGAAACUAUUCGACAUGUGUGGCAUUUCUGAGGACGAGCUCAAAGACAAAGAAACGUCUAAAGUCAUCUACGACCUCAUCGAGAAGCAAGGAGGAGUAGAGGCAGUCAAAAACGAAAUGCGACGACAAGCUCCUCCUCCGCCUCCACCAUCCAGAGGAGGCGCUCCACCACCUCCUCCUCCCCACAACUCCGCUCCUCCGCCCCCACCUCCUUCCAGAGGCAGAGGGGCACCUCCUCCACCUCCCCCAUCCAGAGCGCCCACAUCUGCCCCCCCUCCACCUCCACCCUCCAGACCAGGCAUGGGUGCCCCACCACCUCCUCCUCCACCCAGCAGAGGCCCCACACAGGCUCCUCCGCCACCCCCACCACCCCAUUCGGCCUCCAUAUCUCCACCAGCGCCUCCUUCUAUUGGUGGAGCUCCACCGCCACCACCACCACCUCCUCCUCCUCCAGGACCCCCUCCACCAGGACCUCCUCCACCACAAGAUGUUGAUUCUGGAGACUCUCCGGGAGGCAGAUCUGCAUUUCUGGACCAAAUUCGAGAGGGAGCGCAGCUCAAGAAAGUGGACCAAAACAACAAGCCACCCGUGUCAACUGGAGGCCGUGGUGCACUUUUAGACCAAAUACGGCAGGGGAUUCAACUUAAAACUGUAACUGAUGCUCCAGAGUCUCCUCCGCCCUCUCUUGCUCCUUCAGAUGGGAUUGUGGGAGCGCUGAUGGAGGCCAUGAAGAACCGUAGCAAAGUGAUCCACUGUUCAGAUGACGACGACGAUGAUGAUGACGUUGAUGAUUUUGAGGAUGACGAAGAUUGGGAAGACUGACGAUGACCAAGGCUGACCAAAAGAACUAAGACACUACAAUGGCUCUCGUCUUUUCGAAAUCUUUUAAAAUUGUAAUGUAAAUGGACGACCGAUUUGCUGUACAUUUUUGUUGCCUUCAAGCUUUUUUUUUGUAUUAAUCUGUGCAAUACCUCAUUUAAUCUGUAAAAAUUUGUCAUGUAUCAUGUAUUUUUUUUCCUCUCCUCGAUUAACGUGCAAUUUUACAUCAAGUUUUCUUGAUUGGUAGAGUUGAAUGUUUCGGGAUUUUGUUUGUUUGUUUGUUUGUCAUUCGUUAAAGGGAGAACGACUCUAAGGAACAAGACUUAAAUGUCGAUAUUGUGACUCAAAGCAAGAACACUAUAUUUUCAUACUUUUUCCUCUUCCUUUUCUUAUUCAGAACAUAGUUUAGCGCCGUUAUUUUCUUAACAAAUUUAAAAAACAAACAUAUUUAGCUCCAUUGCAAAUUUGUAAAAUCGAGUCGUUUAUAUUUUUGCACGAAUCAGAAAAGAAAAAAAGUGGGAAUACAGCACAAUACGGCGGUUAUGUUUACACUUUGUGUGCUAUAGCUACUAUAUUAGAUGUGAGAAACACUACAGUUAAUGGAAAUAUCCUGUUUGCACAUGGUAGUUUUGAUUUUUACUGGCAUUACAACAAAUCUCAUGGGCAUGUUUUUUUAUUCCUGUUGGUUUGAUAAGGGUUCAUGUGUGCCAUUUAAAAAAUAUAUAUAAAUAAAAAAUAGCGGACGGUUGUACGUUCUCAAUGUUUUACUAAUAAUGCACUGUGACGCUGUACUAAUCGAAAGAAAGGCUCUGGCACACUUUAUGGUUUCAGAGUUCCACAGUUUUUAACAGUACUAUCGAGCAAAUACAAAUAUCCUUUCCGGUUUUUCAUUCUUCGUUCAAGCAGGGUUGCUUUGCAUUGAGACUUGAAACCUUUGAAAUGAGGUUGAAAAAGAAUUAUUAAAAUUGUACACUAAAUAAAUGUUAAUAUUUACAGAAAAUGUA